UCGAAGUCAUGUCGUUACUCUUAGUUCCUUCUAUAAUCAUCGCCAGUAUAAGUUGCAUUUUGGCUAGCAACGUAAAUGAUACCGAACAUAGGACACCUCUACACGCUCAAUUUUCAAGACGUCCUGCUGGAUCAAUGGUUAAAGGUUUACCCGGAUUUGAAUCUGUGUUAGGAGUGAUGGGGCCACUUGCUUUAGCAGCUAUGGUCUCUCUGCCUUUCGUAGCGCCUGCAGCAGCUGCUUUGCUACCUCUCGCAUCUCUCUCAAAUAUGUUCGGCAGACGAAGAAGACAUUUGGACGAUCCAAAAGACAUGUAUCCAGAAACAGAAGCAUUACUACGCCGUAUUCACGCAGCAGCGAUUCGUAGGAAUGUUCACUAA